CACUGGGCAGAAAUCAGAGACAGUAAACGUCCGCAAGGACCAUCUGUCUCCUCUGUUUUAAUUAGACAGUCGGAUUCCCCGAUCUUGUCACUAGUCCAGCAUCAGCGUAAGCAUCAGCCAGCCACGGACGAAACCGCACAAGCAUCAGUUAACAGGCCAACCGACCCAGUCACUGGAGCCAAUCCUUUUCCCGAAGUUACGGAUCUAAUUUGCCGACUUCCCUUACCUACAUUAUUCUAUCGACUAGAGGCUGUUCACCUUGGAGACCUGAUGCGGAUAUCGGGCCGUCCAGAGAACACGAGACAUCACAGAAACCGCGAUGCUUUACGGAAACAACGUCCCUAUCUACGGCUGAACCGAUUCUCGUAUGCCUUUGUA